GUAUUCUCUCUUACAUUUUUGCAUCACAUUCGUUUCCUUGAAUCUCUCUGCUAGAGAGAGACAGAGAGUACUAGAGAGAGAAUGUUCCAUGCUAAGAAACCUUCAAGUAUGAAUGGUUCAUAUGAGAACAGAGCUAUGUGCGUUCAAGGCGAUUCAGGCCUCGUCCUCACCACCGAUCCUAAACCGCGUUUGCGUUGGACCGUCGAACUUCACGAUCGUUUCGUGGACGCCGUCGCUCAGCUUGGUGGCCCUGACAAAGCCACUCCAAAGACGAUCAUGAGAGUUAUGGGAGUGAAGGGUCUUACUCUUUACCACCUAAAGAGUCAUCUUCAGAAAUUCAGGCUUGGAAAGCAGCCGCACAAGGAGUAUGGAGAUCACUCAACAAAGGAAGGUUCAAGAGCUUCUGUCAUGGAUAUUCAGCGCAACGUAGCUUCUUCUUCUGGCAUGAUAAGUCGCAACAUGAAUGAGAUGCAAAUGGAAGUGCAGAGAAGGUUGCACGAACAGCUAGAGGUGCAGAGACAUUUGCAGCUGAGGAUUGAAGCACAAGGAAAGUACAUGCAAUCUAUAUUGGAGAGAGCUUGCCAAACCUUAGCCGGUGAGAACAUGGCAGCCGCCGCCGUCGUCCAGGGAGGAGGGUAUAAGGGCAAUUUGGGAAGUUCGAGUCUUUCCGCAGCUAUGGGUUCAUCUCCUCAUCCUCUUAGUUUCCCGCCGUUUCAGGACCUAAACAUCUAUGGAAACACAACCGAACAAGUCCUCGACCAUCAUAACUUCCAUCACCAGAAUAUUGAGAACCAUUACACGGGCAACAAUGCUGCAGACACAAACAUUUACUUGGGAAAGAGGCGACCAAGCCCUAGUUUUGGUAACGAUGUAAGGAAAGAACUUUUAAUGUGGUCUGAUCAUGAUCAAGAUCUUUCCGUAAACCAACCGUUCGAUGAUGAGCAUCGGAUUCAGAUACAAAUGGCUACACAUAUCUCCACGGAUUUGGAUUCUCUAUCUGAACAUAACCGUGGGAAGUUACUGGAAAGGCUAUCGCCUCGAAGAUCACCAGUGAGUCCUAUGAUGAACCCUAAUGGUGGGUUAAUACAAGGAAUGAACUCACCAUUUGGGUGAUAAAUAUUUCUUUUAUGUGAUGCAUGAGAACGUAAAAACGAGAUAUAUAUUUUGUUAAAUA